AUGGAUUAUUUCCAUUCAGUCACAGCAACUUCAACUGUUGCAAUCAUUGCUUUUCCACUACUGUUUCUUUUCUCUUUCCUAUGGAUCUCAAGAGGAAACACAAACUCGAAGAAAACAGCACCAGAAGCUAGUGGAGCAUGGCCUAUUAUUGGCCAUCUCCGCCUCCUAGGAGGGCCACAACCACCUCACAUAAGCUUGGCUAACAUGGCUGAAAAAUAUGGAAGAAUAUUCACUAUCAAGUUGGGUGUACAGAGAGCUUUGGUGGUGAGCAAUUGGGAGGUUGCGAAAGAAUGUCUUACCAUAAACGAUAAAGCGUUUGCAACUCGUCCAAACCUUGCAUGCGCGGAGCUUAUGGGUUACCACAAAGCCAUGAUUGGCUUUGCACCAUAUGGACCUCAUUGGCGUCAAAUGCGUAAGUUCACCACUAUUGAGCCCCUCUCAAAUCAUCGCCUCAAUUUGCUCAAACAUGUAAGGGAAUCCGAGGUGAAGGCAUCACUGCAACAGCUAUAUCAACUAUGGAACAAGAAGAAAAGUAGCAACAGUGACAAAGUAUUGGUGGAGAUGAAGAGAUGGUUCAGAGAUGUUACUCUUAACGUCAUUCUAAGGAUCGUUGUAGGGAAGCGAAUACCGAAUUCAUAAGAAGGAGUUGAAACCGUGAAAUGGAAGAAGUCGUUGGACGACUUAUUUGAACUAAGUGGAAAGUUCAUAAUAUCAGAUGCACUGCCGUGUCUGCGUUGGACAUUGGUGGAGACCUGAAGCUCAUGAAGAAGGUAGCCAAAGAUUUGGACCAAGUUGCGGAGGAAUGGUUACGAGAGCACAAGGAAAAGAGAGCUGAAAAUGUGGCAAAUAGUGAGGAAGAUUUCAUGGGAGUGCUACUAUCUGUUCUCAGUGAUACAGAGGAGCAUGAGGCCGAUACCAUCAACAAAGCCACCAGUCUCAAUCUUAUCUUAGCGGCGUAAGAUACCUCAUCGAUCACAAUGACAUGGGCUUUGUCCUUAUUACUCAACAACCUUGAUGCGUUGAACAAGGUCAAACAAGAACUAGACAUUCAUGUUGGCAAGGAUAAACUCCUACUGAUUGAAUCAGACACCAAAAACUUAGUGUAUCUUCAAUCUGUGAUUAAGAAAACACUACGCCUAUACCCUGCUGCUCCACUUAGUGUAACCCAUGAAGCUAUUGAAGACUGCUCAGUUAGUGGAUACCAUGUUUCAGCUGGUACUUGGCUUAUUCUCAAUCUUCAAAAGAUACAACGUGACCCACAAAUAUAGGAAGAUCUCUUAGAAUUUCGACCAGAAAGAUUUAUGACUACUCAUAAAGACAUUGAUGUAAGAGGAUAUGACUUUGAAUUAAUUCCAUUUAAUAGUGGUAGAAGAA